CGGGAAUACAAGUGAAGCAGAAUGGAUACGGAAGGGAGCCAAAGCAGCCUGUCCUCCACGGACAACUCCCCCCACGAUCCCUGCAAAAUGUUCAUCGGGGGUCUGAGUUGGCAGACGACACAAGAGGGCUUGAAGGAGUACUUCUGUAAAUUUGGCGAAGUCAAAGAGUGCAUGGUGAUGCGGGAUCCCGUUACCAAGCGGUCGAGGGGCUUCGGGUUCGUCACAUACGCAGACCAAGCUGGCGUCGACAAAGUUUUGGCGCAAAAUAGACACGAACUGGACUCCAAAACGAUUGACCCAAAGGUGGCGUUCCCCCGUCGUGCCCAGCCCAAGUUGGUGACCAGGACAAAGAAGAUCUUUGUCGGAGGACUGUCAGUUAAUACCACCAUCGAAGAUGUGAAGCAGUACUUUGACCAGUUUGGAAAGGUUGAUGAUGCCAUGCUCAUGUUUGACAAAACGACCAACAGACACAGAGGCUUUGGCUUUGUUACCUUUGAGAAUGAAGAUGUCGUGGAGAAAGUGUGCGAAAUUCACUUCCAUGACAUCAACAACAAAAUGGUUGAAUGUAAGAAAGCCCAACCUAAGGAAGUGAUGUCACCAACGGGUUCAGCCAGAGGCCGUUCCAGGGUGAUGCCCUAUGGCAUGGAUGCCUUUAUGCUGGGAAUCGGCAUGCUAGGGUAUCCAGGUUUCCAGACUACUACCUACACCAGUCGCAGUUACUCUGGCAUUGCUCCUGGCUAUACUUAUCAGUUCCCUGAGUUCCAUUUAGAGAGGACCCCCCUCCUGACUUCAUCCCACCCCCCUGAGCUGGCAGCCAUUCCUUUGACAGCAUAUGGACCAAUGGCAGCAGCAGCAGCAGCCGCAGUAGUUAGAGGGACAGGAUCAAAGCCCGGUGUUCUCGAACCCAUACCUUGCUUUACUUCACAUCCUUCAGGCUCCACCCCUUCUCGUACAGCAGGCUUUCUGGGCACCAGCAGCCCCGGCCCAUUGACUGAGCUGUAUGCUGCAGCCAAUCAGGACUCAGGAGUCAGUAGCUACAUCAGUGCUGCCAGUCCCGCCCCCAGCACAGGAUUUGGCCAUGGUCUAGGGGGCCCUCUGAUUGCUACUGCUUUCACUAACGGCUACCACUGAGACGGCUCAGGUAACUGAACAUGGGAGGAGUUCUCCUUUUGCUAAUCAGCCAAUCAAACUGCUGGGUGCCUGCCGACGGCACAAUUUGAUUGGUGACCAUAGGCUCUGCCAGGAUACUGACUCCCUGCGACUCCACUCACCGACUGAAGAUCUUUUUAAAAACGUGAUCUGUUUUGCUGUACUAAUUUCACUUCGACAUUAUUUCCCCUUGUCUUUCCUGUUCUUUUCCCCCACCGUUAGACUGAUAACUAGAUUCCCGCUAUCCCCCCCCCCCACAUUUGCUGCAGCUUGGAAGAAAGAAAACUGCAAAAAUCUCUGAGGAAAUUUGUUGCGCUCAUGACGAGCACACAGAGAACUCUCCUUUUACUUACUAUUUUUAGUUUUCUAUUUUAUUAUUUUAUUUCAUUUCGAUGUUGUUUCGUUAUGAAAUCCUUUGAAUCUGUUACCGAGGCGAGUAGAGGGAAUUGAAAUGAUGCGUGAGGUUGGGUCAUCUUUGUGUAGAAGGAACCUAACCCUUUUUUUUUUUAUCAGAGGAAGAACAAGUUCAACGGGCAAAUUCUUUUCUUAACUCAAGUUUCACAAGAAACCUGAAAAAAAAAACAAACAAACAACUAAAAUGUAUAUUUUGGUAGUCUUUAAAAGCAAACCUUUGUAAUAUUGUUAUUAAUAUUGACAGUAAUGAUGAUGAUAAUCUGUAAGGUAUUUUAUUCUGUAAUUGGUUUCAAAGCAAUGUUUUUAUGUCUUCCUGUAAGAUAUUGUACAUAGACUUUUGGAUGGGGGGGUACUGAACCAGUUGAUUUGUCAUUGGUUGGUCUGGAAAGGGUUAAAAGUACUGGCAGCAAUUUAACUGGACAUUAUCAGUCAAUAAGUUUGGUCAUCUCACUAUUUGUGUACAUAUGGUAUAUGUAUACACACUAUAGAACAGUCUCCAUCUGCAAGUGGCCAACCUCGGCACUGAACAAAAUUCAUCAGGCAUAUAUCUAGUCGCCAAAACUACAAUGUCAGUCUUCUCACAAAUUUAUCACUUGUCAUUAUCCUGUCUCGGGAAAAAAAAAAAAAAAAAACAAAAAUACAAAAAAAACUUGUACGACUUUGUUAACUUUCUGAUCAUAUUGAUGUCAUGACGAUCCAUACUUCUUUACGCAUUGCUGAAGCACAGUGAGCAAUUAAAUACCGAAGUCACAUCACAAACUGUUUUCAACUUUCGACUUACAUAUAUAUAUAUAUACCAUCCCAUCCUGUUGACUUAAAAAAAAAAGAAAAGAAAAAAAGGCAAGACGAAAGGAGUUUCGAGAGAGACGAAAGGAGGGGUUUAUGGGAUCUGGGGUUGACCUGGAGUACUGCUCUUUGGAAUGGAUUAUAUAUAUAAAUAUAUUUUUGGGCAAUUUCUUUCAGUUUUUUUUUGUGUUUUGUUUUAUUUUUCUUGUUUUUCUUGUCAUUCUCUUAUGCUGUGUCAACAGCCGUGAAAACAAAUGAAGGACAUUCUCGGAGGAGCAUUUUCUAAAAAAAAAAAAAUCAUCACGGCCUUGUUUUGUCCUUUUAUUGCUAUUGAAGGUGCAUGAGCUUCCGUCUGAGCGUGUGUUGUGUGAAUGUUUGUGCGCAUACAUCAAGAUGUAAUAUGGAACUACUUAUGGAAACGAAGGAGCAUUUCGAUUGCUGUUUUUUUUUUUCUUCCUUUUUUCCUUUUUCUUUUUUGGUACUGAAAAAGGCUGCCUGGUUCCGUUUUGGUCUUUGACCCCUUUUUCUCUGCCCUUGCUCCAUUUUGCAUUGAGUGGUUAUGUACUAUAUGGUAUGAGCGACGUUUGGGGUCCCUCUGGAGGUCACACUCAUCUGUUUGAUCACACCUUCACAGAGGGGUCGGGGGGGGAGGGAACCAAGAAUGGAACUGGGUCUCCUCCGAGUCAGUUCUGUAGAGAGGUCCUCAGUGUUGAUAACACUGCCUGGCAGGGUGAAGGAAAUGCUGGAAUAAAAAAAAAAAAUCAAAUAUUUGAAGCAAACUACAAUAUAGAUACAGGUUGCUUGUUUGUGUAACCCUGGUGCUGCAGCCUGUCAGGUCCUCUGCACGACUUGAUGCAGAUACAGGCGCAGGCGUAGGUUUUGACUGAACCAGGCAGAUUUUGACAUGACUUCCCGGCCUGGGCCACAAGUACCUCUCUCAGACUGUCUGGGACACCCACACUGUAACUACUGCUGGACACCAACACUGUAACUUUUUAACUUUCAAUAAAGCAAUAAGUUAUUUUUUACCUUACAAAUAAUAAUAAUAAUACUAUUGUUGCUGAUAAGAGAAAACAUGUUGAUAAUUCUGCGGCAUUAAGACUUAUUUUCAGAAAAAAAAAGAAACUAUAUUUUUCUGUUUUCAGAUCUUGUUCCCCUUGUACAGUGAUUUUAGUGAACCUUUUUUUUUCCGUUUGUGUUGAUGUCAGGAAAAGGGCCAAUGCUUUGAACGGAGCUUGAAGCUCCGACUACGAGGUCUUGAACAGUCAAACUAAACUCUCAUUUGGGUAGUUUCCUACCAAGCUUUAUCACAAUGAUUUUUUUUUUCUCUGGAAAUUCCAAUUUUUAAAUUCCUAAUAAAUUAUUCUAAAGCCUUAGAA